GCCCAGGAAUCAUCUCAGGCUUCCCAGGCUCAGCACAUGCCGCCCAGGCUCCACUGGCCACGAGGGUGUUGGUGCACCCAGCGCCCGUCCACACCGCCUGAGCAGAGGCCAGCCCUCCGAGUCGGCCCCGCCUCCCAUUGAGCCCACACUACAGAACCGGAAUCACAGCACGCUCUUUUCCUCUCUCCUCGAGUUUCUCUGUUCCAGUUGUCUGGCUGUUGAGUGACUGUAAAGGUCUAAAAUGAAAACCGGGGCUGGAUCCUGGAAGGAAAGAACCAAGUGGAGGAAAUGAGGAGAGGAGAGGCAGCUCCGCAGCAGCACAGGUCCUCCCCGACAGGGCUGCCCGAGGGGGGCCCAGGGGAGCCAGACUCCUCCACUGACCGCCUGGGGAUACCUGGUGGCAAGAGAGGAUGGUCUACAACCAGAGCCAAAGGAAAGCCCUGCAGGCGUGUUUUGAACAAAACCCUCACCCUAAUAAAGCUACCAGGGAACAACUGGCCAAGGAAAUUGAUAUUCCAGAAUCUAAAAUUCGGACUUGGUUUAGAAACCGAAGAAGCAGACAGAGAAAAUUGGAGUCUGCAUGCUCCUUAGGAAAAGACCCAAUCCAGGGACGUGACCAGUCUCAGUUACAGAUGCAAGAAUGGUUAACAAAAGAAGCCAAGCAAGACCACAUACCCCUCGCAAGAACUCCAAGAAGGAUCCAGGUUCAAGCCUUUGAGAGGAACCAAGUCCCUGAUGUUGCCACCAGGGAAAAACUGGCUAAACCAACAGACAUUCAGGAAUUGCGCAUUCAGGACCAAAGAUAUCUGGACCCUGACUGGAGCAGAAAGGAGGCCCAAAAUUUCUUGGUAGAUGACACAAAUGGGAGACCAGAUCUGACUAAUCAACUGCAGGAAACAGAUCUGUUUAUACACCCAGAUGGGAGUUAUUAUCUGCCUUCACCUGAUUCCUUCCCUGACAACCAAACAAUUUCACCUACUCCUCUUCUGUCCUCUGGGAUCAUGCAGCCCACCCAGGCUGUGCCGAGAGGAGAGAACUCUGACCUGCCUCUCACUUUUAUGGAUCACCUGCCAGAACUGCUGACUCCAAGAGGGGACAUCUCGCAUACUCGGGUUCCUUUCUGGAUCCAAUUCCAAGAAGAAUACCAAAAUCACAAAGAACAAACUGGCAUAGGAGUCAUACCAUUGAAGGACCAUUCUGAACCUAAUCCUGAGAACAAGAAACCACAGGGUCUGGGUCCCAUUGACAUAUCUUAUGUCAUGCAGUGGUGGGACCAGGGCCGCCAAGCUCUGAUUGAGGAAUGGGAACCACUUGAAGAGAUACAGUGAGACAGAUGUGGCCAACUGCAAGGUCAGCUGGAGAGUCCUCUCAUCUGCUCUACCAACUGCACCAGCAAUACAUAGAAACCUCGAGUCUUUAGAUAAACUCCUGUCAUCUAUAGAAUCUCAGUAAACUAUUUUCUUU